AUGCCUAAAGUCAAACCCCAGAAGCGCAACAGCGCGCACUCAGAUGCAGUCGCAAAGACCAAGGCCGCGCACAGCAUCUUCAAGAUGAACACAGAUAUCGGCCAGCACGUCUUGAAAAACCCCGGUAUUGCUGAGCAAAUCGUCAACAAAGCCGAUCUCAAGCAGAGUGAUGUGGUCCUCGAAAUCGGUCCCGGUACUGGAAACUUGACAGCGAAGAUUCUGGAGAAGGCCAAGAAGACUAUCGCGGUGGAAUUGGAUCCUCGAAUGGCGGCCGAAGUCACCAAGCGUUUCCAAGGCACUCCGGCCCAGAAACGUCUGGAAGUGAUUCUUGGAGAUGUCAUGAAAACUGAGCUUCCGUACUUCGACGUCUGCAUUAGCAACACUCCUUACCAGAUCUCUUCCCCUCUCACAUUCAAGCUCCUGGCCACAUUGCCCGCGCCUCGUACUUGUAUUCUCAUGUUCCAACGAGAAUUCGCGUUGCGUUUAUUCGCCAAACCCGGCGACAAGCUUUACAGUCGUUUGUCCGUCAACGCCCAAAUGUGGGCGAAGAUUGAUCACAUCAUGAAGGUCGGCAAGAACAAUUUCAAGCCCCCGCCGUUGGUCGAGUCGAGCGUUAUCCGCAUGGUCCCCAAGGUCCCGAGGCCGCAGAUCAACUACGACGAGUGGGAUGGUCUUUUGCGCAUUGCAUUCGUGCGCAAGAACAAGACCUUGCGAGCUAGUUUCAUCGGCACUCCCACCAUCAUGAACAUUCUCGAAUCGAAUUAUCGCACUUGGUGUGCUCAAAAUGACAUUCCGGUGGAGGAUGGCCCGGCAGAAGAUGCCGAUGGCGACGCGAUGGAUAUGGGCCAGGAACAAGCAGCUGAGGAGGACCCUGAUGAGGCUAUGGAGAUGGACGAUGAUGACGUCCCCGAUUUCUUUAAGGAAGAAACCAACAACCGCCUUCAGGAGGCACUCAAGAAGCCCUCGCGGAAGAAGCGAGGAAAGGUGGCAGAGUUGGUGCGCGAGAAGGUACGCCAGGUCCUCGAGGACGAAACCGGCCUUGCCGACAGACGUGCAAGAAUGUGUGACGAGAAUGAUUUCUUGAAGAUGCUUUGGGCCUUCAACCAGAAGGGAAUCCAUUUCAGUUGA